UGAGAGAGGACUGGGUGUGAGGAGCAGCCACGCAGGGGAGAAACAAGGACCUUUAGGGUUUGUUUGUUUUUUUCCCCCCUCUGAUCUCCUCGAAAAUGAAAUAAAAAUAUAUUUCAGAGAGAAAAGAAAGAGAGGAAGGGAUCUUUCGAGUGUUUUUUCACCUUUCCGUGGAGGGGUUCAGGUCACGCAUCUCCGAGGGUUAUGAUCCGUCCCGAGCCUCGUCGGCACGUCGCUGUCCAUGGUCCUGAGUGAGACGGAGCGACCACGGAGCCGGUGAGGAGGCGAAGGAGUGAGGUGAAGAGCUCAGGAGCGAUGGAGUUACGCGUGGGGAACAAAUACCGCCUCGGGAGGAAGAUAGGGAGCGGAUCAUUUGGAGACAUCUAUCUUGGUUCCAACAUUGCUACAGGAGAGGAGGUAGCCAUUAAACUGGAAUGUGUGAAGACCAAACACCCGCAGCUCCAUAUUGAGAGCAAGUUCUACAAAAUGAUGCAGGGAGGAGUGGGAAUUCCCGCCAUCAAGUGGUGUGGAGCGGAGGGAGACUACAAUGUCAUGGUGAUGGAGCUGCUGGGUCCCAGUUUGGAGGACUUGUUUAACUUCUGUUCCCGCAAGUUCAGCCUGAAAACCGUCCUGCUGCUGGCCGAUCAGAUGAUAAGUCGGAUUGAAUACAUCCACUCUAAGAACUUCAUCCACAGAGAUGUAAAGCCUGAUAACUUCCUUAUGGGCCUCGGGAAGAAAGGCAACCUGGUCUACAUCAUCGACUUUGGUCUGGCAAAGAAAUACCGGGACGCCAGAACACACCAGCACAUCCCUUACCGCGAGAACAAGAACCUCACUGGGACGGCGCGAUACGCCUCUAUCAACACUCAUCUGGGUAUCGAGCAGUCGAGGCGAGACGACCUGGAGUCUCUGGGUUACGUUCUCAUGUACUUCAACCUGGGUUCUCUGCCUUGGCAAGGACUGAAAGCUGCAACCAAGAGGCAGAAGUACGAGCGCAUCAGCGAGAAGAAGAUGUCCACCCCCAUCGAGGCGCUCUGCAAAGGAUACCCCUCUGAAUUCUCUACUUACCUGAACUUGUGUCGCUCUCUGCGGUUUGACGAUAAGCCUGAUUACUCCUAUCUGAGGCAGCUCUUCAGGAACCUUUUCCACAGACAGGGCUUUUCCUAUGAUUACGUCUUUGACUGGAACAUGCUGAAGUUUGGUUCCAGCAGGACAGCAGAGGAUGGAGAGAGAGAGAGGAGGGAGGGGAAAGAAGGAGAGGAACGAGGAGGUGCAGGUCAAAGAGGAGGUGGGGGUCGAGCUUUACCUCCGGGUCCAAACCCCUGCGCUGCCAACAGAGUCAGGAACGAGCCAGAGACCACUCCUUCCAACCAGGCCUCCCGUGGAGCCCAGCCAUCAGGGAACCGCUCCCCUCAGGCAGGCAGAGCAGAGAGGGCUGAACGAGAACGCAAGGUGGCCAUGAGGCUUCACCGUGGCGCCCCCGCCAAUGUCUCCUCCUCUGACCUCACAGCACGCCUCGACCAGUCUCGUAUCACUGCAUCACAGGUCAGUGUGCCGUUUGAACAUCUGGCAAAGUGACAUUCUUCUUGCAGUUUUGCAGCAACCUAAGGGCAUCUAACACCCCCGACUUUUUCAAAUAAAAUCGAACGAAUGAAGACGUGAAUGAGUGAAGGAAGAGGAUGAAGAGGCAGCACUGCGAACGAAGACCCAGAGCGUCUGUCUGUGUGUCUGCCGGUUUGCCAUGUAAGCAUGCGCAGUGCCAAAGCCUUGGGAGAUGAUGGAGAAACCAGUAAAAAGAAGAAGAAGAACCUGCAUCCUGGACCUGCUUAAGGCUGCUCUUCAAACUAGUGGUGAGUGAAGGGAGCUGGGUGCAACUUUACAAGGCCUAGGCCCGUCUUCACUCCUAUUCACCUUCACAUCGAUGCAGCAGCUCAAUUUGCAUAAAAAAAGAAAGAAAAUAUCAAAGUGCACAAAAAGGACUACAUUUACACAGCUGUGGUUUAUAUGUGUAAUCAGUAAAACAGCUAUGGGUUUUCUUUUGUUAAAAAGCUAAAUCUGCUGCUUCUGGUGUUAUUUAUUCUGAUUAAAUCUACAGCCAAACCAGAUGUUUACAUACUUGGUAUAAAAAGACCCACAAGCUUUAUUUUCACGGUCGCACAUUGAAAUAAUUUCCUUGAUUUAGUUCAGAUCAGAUGAAAAACUAAAUGUGUAAAAUGGCAGAGAGAGAGGAAAUUAUGCUGAUGAUCUUCAUAUUCUGAAGUUCCAUCUUUUCUUUUUAUAUUUGCUAAGAAUACCUUUUAAACUUCAGGAUUUUUUCUAUUCAUCUUUGUUUUUUCCCCUCUGC